AUCUUAUAACCAAUGCAUUUUAACGUUUAGGUUAAUUUUCUUUGAGGUUAACCAGCAUUAAUGUUUUCAAUUUAAAAUCAUGCGGGCCGUGUAAAUUAUCUGUCCAGUAUCUUAAAAAGGAAUACAAUAAUUUAAGUAUAAAAACAUAAAGUAAAUCAAUGUUUCGUAUAGUAAAAAAUUUUGAUCUGAAAACGAAUUAUAUUUUGAAUAAUUUCGUUAGAUUCGACACACGUAAACAAAAUGUUUCCAAAUGAACAAACCAUCAAAUCAUCAGAUGGAAGUAUACAGGAGAAUAAUAAAAGACAUUUGACGGAUAACGACGACGAUAACGAUCCAAAAAAAUUAAAAAAAACAGAGCGUAUAAAAAAAAGAAACUUCGCUCUAUUACUUGGGUAUUUAGGUAAAGAUUAUUAUGGCAUGCAACGGAAUCCACAAAUGAGAACGAUAGAAGAAGAUUUGAUAGGAGCGAUGCUCAAAGCUGAGCUGAUUGAUCAGGAGUCAUUCGAAACAAUUCAAUACACUCACUUUCAAAGAGCCGCGAGGACCGACAAAGGAGUGUCUGCUACUCGUCAAAUUUGUUCUGUUAAAUUGCCUGAGUAUUCAACAAUAGAAGACAUCAAUAAAUUUUUGCCAAAACAAAUACGAGUAUUUGGGCUGAAGCGAGUGACAAAAGGAUUUAAUAGUAAAUCGCAAUGUAAUGCAAGGACUUAUACUUACACACUUCCGACGUAUGCAUUCGCGCCAGAUGAUCCUUCGGUUGUUACGAGAACUGCGAGUGAUGAAGACAUUCUAAAACGGAUCGAACAGCUUUCAGUUAUUGAUGGAAAGCCUUAUACUGAUUUUCGCGCGACACAGGAAUUGCUUGACAAAGUAAAUACGGUUUUGAAAAUAUAUGAGGGAACUCACAAUUUUCAUAAUUUUACUUCUAAAGUGAGACCGUUUGACCCAAGGGCUAUGAGAUAUAUAAUGAAAUGUCAUUGUUUGGAAACUCAUAUUUCAAAUAAUGUUGAGUUUGCAACUGUUUUAAUUAAAGGACAAAGUUUUAUGCUUCAUCAAAUCAGAAAAAUGAUGGCACUCGCUAUCGGCGUAAUUAGAAAUAUCGUACCAGAAAGUACUAUCGAAGAAUGUUUUAAGCCUGAGAAACUUGACAUUCCCAUUGCUCCGAGUUUAGGUUUAGUUCUUAAUCACGUUCAUUAUGAUAAUUAUAAUAGAAGAUACGGAUCUGAUGGAAUUCAUGAAAAAUUAGAGUGGGAUGAAUGUGAUGAUCAGAUUAAAAAAUUUCAUAAAGAUUUUAUUUUACAACACAUUGAAGAAACUGAAAUCAAUGAUCGAUCAAUGUUACUUUGGCUGGGAGAACUAGCUCGCUGUAGACUGGGUCAAAGAAUCGCUCUUAAUCGUGAAGAAGAAGGAGAAGAAGAAGAAGACGAAGAAGAAAGUGAAAAGCUAGAAGAAGAAGAAAAUGAAAAGCUAGAAGAAGAACAAAAUGAAAAGCUAAAAGAAGAAGGAAAUGAAAAGCUAGAAGAAGAACAAAAUGAAAAGCUAGAAGUAAAAUCAUAAUAUAAUUUUUUGUUACUUUCAGCUAUUUCAUACAAUAAUAAAAAAAAAAAAACAGUGACAACAAAAAUUGAGUAAAAUUUAUUUGAUUUUUUUUUAUAUUGACUUUUCUAUGUAUAAAUAAAUUGCAAGUGUAAACAACGAAGAAUCUAUUGUAUUAUAUUGUAAAAAAUUUAUUUUGCCUUGGGACUGCUACUCUUAAGGCCAACUUCAAUGCACAGCAAAAAUUUAUGAUCGAAAUCAACAUAUAUCGUGUGUAAA